UUAAAGGAAUUUACAACGUGUAUUACCUGUAUUUAGUUUUAGUUUUAAUUUGUUCGCAGUAAGUCGCGCCGACUGUACACGGCGCGAUGGCGGCCAUUUUGGAAUAUUUUUUUGUUUUUAUUUUAUUCUUUUAUUCGUGUUCGGCCAGUUACCGUGAGCAAUAUAGAGUUCCUCAGGUCACGUCUCCGAAGUGGGAGUCCUACGUGUUCAACAACAAGGAGUACAUCGUGCAGGUGAUGGCAGUCAACUGGGAGAACGCGAAGAUCUUGUGUCGGGGCUACCACAACGGCACGCUCGCUAUACUGGAUACAAGAGAGAAGGCAGAGUUUCUAGCUGAGGCACUAUCAGAGUCACAAUUCUCUCUAUCAUCAGUGUGGGUUGGAGCUCGAAGAGAUUCAGCUGAGGAUGCAGCCGGCUACCGAUGGGGACCAGGCAUGGAGCUCCGGAGAACUGCCCUCGAUGUGCUAGCCAGUGAGCAGGAGGAGAAUGUAGCCAGGCAUUAUCCUGUGUGGCUGAACAGAACCCACGUGCCCGUCCCAGAGACGGGCGCUGACUGCGUGGCCCUGGAGAGAGUCAACCACGACCGACCUGUCUUCCUAGAUCUGCCCUGCCACCUGGAGCGGGCGUUUGCAUGUGAGAGAGAUGCCCACGAGAUGAUACGAGUGACGGAGGUGAACAACGUGCGCUGCAGGAACGGCCUCUACCGGCUGUAUGAUGGCAAGAUGGACUGGCAUCAGUCUGCUGCCUACUGCGUGCUUCGGGGGAUGGCACUAGCCAACAUCGCAAGUUUGAGAUGCUUACGGAAAUUAGGAAUGACCAUGUUGAAAAAUCGACCAAGUAUCGAGAACGCGUGGGUGGGAGCUAAGGGCAACCUCGGGCGCUGGACCUGGAUAGACACGGGAGUCAGCCUGUUCAGCAUGCCGGCGUAUACCGACGCCACGGUAGACACCUGGCCGCCUAUGAGGGACAGAAACAACAUAAAACAGAGCGGCUGCCUACAGCUGGACAGACACGCGUCUCACACGCCUGUGUUCCUGGAGUCCAGGUGUGAGAGGAAGAUGCAGUUCAUAUGCUAUGAGGGCUCAGCAUCGCAGAUGGUGACACAGACGGCACCUAGCGACGACAUGUAUUACUACGUGCUAGUCAGACAGCUGCUGUACUGGCAGCACGCCAACUUGAACUGCGCCAAACUGAACGGCACCCUCGCGUUCUUGGACAACAGCGACAUUCUGAUACAAUUGUUGUUAGUCAUGGGCGAGAAUAAGGAAGAACCAAUUGAACACAUCUGGAUCGCCGGACGUCUGAAUAUGACGAAAGACAUAUUGACGGACACCGUCAGUUACUCCUGGUACAAUCCCAACAAUGGGAAACGAAUCCCAGACCCGAAAGCCGUGGACAAUUUCCACCCAGGAACAUACAUGCCGCCGUGGUUGGAUGAAGAAUACACGAUGGAUAACUCUUGCCUAAACUUGGAUCGGCAGGAUCAUCUCGUCGGGCUUGUUUAUGGAUUGCCUUGUGACACAGCGCAGUAUUCCAUUUGCAUGAUAGAAAAAGCGCCACCUAAGGUAGUGCAGACACCGGCCCCGCUGGCGCCGCCGCCCGCGAGCUCCGCCGAGUUGCAGUCGCCAGCCACCGCCAACACAGAGGGAUACGACUCGUCAUGAAACACAAGACCUUAGAAUUUUUCCACUUAGACAAAUUAUACAAAUAAAAUAGAAUAUACACAAUA